GUGCUGAGGUGCCUUACUGCGACCUGCCACGCCGCCCACCUGCCUCUGAGGACCCUGUCAGCCCCUCAACCUCCAGCUGCCAGUCCGUGCUGGGCCUGGGCCUGGGCCUUGGGCCAGGGCCUGAGAGGGGCCCAUCAGCAGGAUCCUCCACAGAGGUCCCCACAGUUGCCCCCAAGAGCAGAAGCCAGGAACCAAAAGCAGUGCCCUAUCUGGAGGGUCUGGCCUCCUCUCAGAGUGGCAGCUUCGACGAAGGUCCUGACUCUGGCACCAGCUCCAGCCCUGACUGUGACACCCCUGAUGAUACUAGCGACUUGUCGUCCGUGGACUGGGAUAUUGUUACGAGGCAGGAGGAGGCUCCCAGCUGGGACGAGCUCACCACGAUGAUCCCGAGGAAACCCCAGGAAGGGCCAAGAGCCGACAGUGCCCGAAGGGCUCCAUCUCUCCUUACCCGUUCCCCCGUGGGAGGUGAUACCGCAGGCCAGAGAAAGGAAGACACCUGCAGUGGGAGCCGAAGUGCUGGACAGCACUGGGCGAAACUCCGGGGAGAAAGUGGGCACUUCUUGGAGCGGCACUGGUCGGCGCUAACCCAGGCUUCCUGUGCGACACCGCAGAGCGGACCUCGAAGUGCCACCCCCCAGGUUUCCUCUCUUCAUCAUUCUGCCCAAAGGGACGCUGCCCAGACUGCUUCCACACAGUUCAAUACCCCCCGAACUUCCUCUCCCACACAAAUCGCCCAACGGGACAAGCCCAGAACCUCCUCCAUCCAACAAGACAUCCCCAGGACCUCUUUCACACAGCGCAACACCCCCAGAGCAUCCUCUCCCUCAAGAGUUGCCCAACGGGAUAACCCCAGAACUUCCUCCAUCCAACGAAACAAUCCUCGAGUUUCUUCUCCAACUAGAGCCAUCCAACAAGACAACUUCAGAACCUCUUCUAUCCAACAGGACAACCCUCAGACUUCUUUUUCCACUUGUACUCCCCAGAGGGACAACCCCAGAACAUCAUCUCCCAACAGAACCGCCCAGCGGGACAACCCUAGAACAUCCUGCACCCAGCGGGACAAUCCCAGAGCCUCCUCUCCCAACAGAACCACCCAGUGGGACAACCCUAGAUCAUCCUCUCCCAACAGAACCGCCCAGCGGGACAACCCUAGAACAUCUUGCACCCAGCGGGACAAUCCCAGAGCCUCCUCUCCCAACAGAAUCACCCAACGGGGCAAGCCUAGAACAUCCUGCACCCAGCAGGACAAGCCCAGAGGCUCCUCUCCCAACAGAACCACCCAGCGGGACAACCCUAGAACAUCCUGCACCCAGCGGGAUAAUCUCAGAGCCUCCUCUCCCAACAGAACAACCCAGCGGGACAACCCUAGAACAUCCUGCACCCAGCAGGACAAUCCCAGAGCCUCCUCUCCCAACAGAACCACCCAGCAGGAAAACCCCAGAACAUCUUGUGUCCAGCGGGACAAACCCAGAACCCCCUCUCCCAACAGAACAACCCAGCGGGACAACCCUAGAACAUCCUGCACCCAGCAGGACAAUCCCAGAGCCUCCUCUCCCAACAGAACCACCCAGCAGGAAAACCCCAGAACAUCUUGUGUCCAGCGGGACAAACCCAGAGCCCCCUCUCCCAACAGAACAACCCAGCGGGACAACCCUAGAACAUCCUGCACCCAGCAGGACAAUCCCAGAGCCUCCUCUCCCAGCAGAACCACCCAGCGGGACAACCCUAGAACAUCUUGUGCCCAUCGGGACAAUCCCAGAGCCUCCUCUCCCAACAGAACCACUCAACGGGAAAAUCCCAGAACAUCUUGUAUUCAACAGAACAUCCCCAGAACUCCUUCUACCCAACGAGACAACCCUAAAACCUCUUGUACGCAAUGGAAUAACCCUAGAACCUCUUACACUCAACGAAACAAUCCACAAUCUUCCUCUCGGCGCGACAACCCUGGAACUUCCUCCCCUCGAUGCUGCACACAACAGGACAAUCCUGGCCCAUCGUCUCCCCAUCGCCCCACUCAGCGGAACAAUCCCAGGAAUUCUUCUCCCCAUCGUACCAACAAAGACAUUCCCUGGGCCUCCUUUCCCCUCCGCCCAAUCCAGAGUGAAGGUCCCCGAACCUCUUCCCCAUCUCGCUCCAAACAAAGUGAGGUUCCCUGGGCUUCCAUCACCCUUCGGCCAACCCAAGGUGACAAGCCUCAGACCUCAUCUCCCACUAGGCCAGCUCAGCGUGACCCACCUCUCUCCUCCUCUGGAUCUACCCAGCAUAACUCACCAUCCCGGGCCACUUCCUCAUCCCAUAACCCGGGCCACCACAGUGCCUCCCGGACUUCUUCACCUCUGUACCUGGCUACCCACGGAGCACCCCAGACCUCUUCUGAACCCUCCCAGCCUGCAUGUUCUGUGUGUAUUGGGCAUCGGGAUGCCCCUCGAGCUUCUUCACCUCCUCGCUAUUUGCAACAUGACCCCUUCCCCUUCUUCCCAGACCCCCAUGCAUCUGAGAGUGAAUUGCCCCACCAUACCCCCCCUUAUAUACCUCCAGCUGUGUGCAUUGGUCAUCGAGAUGCUCCCCGGGCUUCUUCACCCCCCCGCCACACCCAGUUUGACCCCUUCCCCUUCCUCCCAGACACAUCAGAUGCUGAGACUCAGUCCCCCCAGCAUGACCCUCCUCAGUUCCCCCCACCAGUGUGUAUUGGGUACCGUGAUGCACCCCGGGCUUCCUCCCCACCACGCCAGCCCCCAGAGCCCUCCCUGUUAUUCCAGGAUCUCCCCAGGGCCAGCACUGAGAGCCUUGUCCCCUCCACAGACUCACUACAUGAGCCCCCCCACAUCCCCACCCCCGUGUGCAUUGGGCACCGUGAUGCACCCUCCUUCUCGUCCCCACCACGCCAGGCCCCUGAGCCCUCCCUCUUCUUUCAGGAUCCCCCAGGGACUAGUAUGGAGAGCUUGGCCCCCUCCACUGACUCUCUGCAUGGCUCCCCAAUGCUGCUCCCUCAAGUGUGCAUCGGAUACCGGGAUGCACCUCGAGCCACCUCCCCACCCCGCCACCCCCCCAGUGACCUAGCGUUCCUGGCACCCUCACCUCCACCAGGCAGCUCGGGGGGCUCCCGGGGCUCAGCACCCCCUGGGGAGACCAGGCACAACUUGGAGAGGGAGGAGUACACCGUGCUGGCUGACCUGCCCCCACCCAGGAGGCUGGCACAGAGGGAGCCAGGGCCCCAGUGCAGCAACGGGGGCCGCACCCGCAGCCCUGGCCGUGCAGAGGUGGAGCGCCUCUUCGGGCAAGAGCGCAGGUGAGCUCAGGGUGGGGUCAGCCAGGUGGGCUGGGGAGGAGGCUUGGCAGCAGAGCAGGUGGAAGGUUCACAGGCUCGGGUUGGCAGAUGGAAAGUGUUCAGAACCCCCCACCCUGCCACUGACUGGUUGUGUGACCUUGGGCAGUCACUUUCUCUCUCUUUCCACAUUUUAGGAGGUUUUGUUUUGUUUUGUUUUGUUUUGUUUUGUUUUGUUUUGACUACCAAGUGAUACUGUGCAUAGUCUAGCAAUUAAGAGCAAAGACCAGGGUCAGGUGGGCUGGGUUCAAAUCUUGGGUCAAAUCCAGUCCCUAACCUACAUGACCUGAUACAGUGAUUUAACCUAUUCAGUCUCAGUUUCCUCAUCCAUAAAAUGGGGAGAACGUUAGUACAUUAAUUCAAAUAAGAUCAAACUCUCAAACCCUUUGUGUGAUCCAGAAUCACAGGUUUAUUUUGUUUAUUUCCUUCUUAACCUGUGAGAAAAGAAAAUACCCAUGGUUCUUGUCUGCUUUAACAAAGGAAACUCAUGGGUCCCCAUGCAUUUCAGAAAACAGAGAUGUCAGUUUAUUAACUUUUUUAUUUUUUAUUUUUUAUUUUUAUUUUUUUUAAGAUUUUAU